GAACUGUCACUGUCAGUGACGUUUGAACAAGAACUAACCUCAAUAAAAUUUUCAAAAUUUCAGUGGGAUCGAUUCAAAACCAAACAUGAAAUUCUUAACACAAUCUUUUUUGAAAUUGAGGAAACUGCAACAUAGACAAUUAUGUAAUGAGGCACGCUUAGAACCAGUCAAAUUGGCUUAUGCAACGUAUGAAAAUACCUUGCCAGUUCAGGAUAUCCAUCAGAACCCCCUGGUAGUAAUGCACGGUUUGUUCGGCUCCAAAUCGAACUGGAACAGUUUGUGUAAAGUUUUUCAACAAAAAACAAAACCUUCUAGGAAAAUCAUUGCUUUAGACGCAAGGAAUCACGGAGAUAGCCCUCAUGAUCCACACCAUUCAUACGAGUUGUUGGCACUCGAUUUGAAGAAUUUUUUCGACAGUGUAGGCAUUGAAAAAGCUUCCGUUUUAGGUCAUUCGAUGGGUGGAAGAACUGCCAUGUUAUUUGCGUUGAAAUAUCCGGAAUUGGUUGAGAAAUUGAUUGUGGUUGAUAUAUCUCCUAUAUCAACAAGCCCAGAUAUUAGUUCGAUGCCGAUUUACAUGCGGGCAUUGAAUAGCCUCAAAAUACCAAGCAAUAUUCCUUUAUCUAGGGCAAGAUUAGCAGCUGACUUACAGCUUGUGGAAGGUGGCAUUACCGACAAAAAUUUGAGAGCCUUUUUGCUCACGAAUCUUAUUCAGACGCAGAACGGAAGUUUUAAUUGGAGAGUCAACAUACCAGCGUUGCUGAUGAAUCUGGAUAAUAUAAAGAGAUUCCCGUAUGAAAAAGGAAAAGUUUUUGAUGGACCUACAUUAUUUAUUGGUGGCUCUAGCUCAGACUAUAUAAAGAAAGAAGAUAUUCCUGGCAUAAAAAACAUUUUUCCAAAUUCUGCUGUUCAAUAUAUUGAAGGGGCAGGACAUUGGUUACACAGCGAAAAACCAACAGAAUUUCUACAACUCAGUGUAGAAUUUUUGAAUAGACCAAAUACUAGUUGAUUAUUAUAUCUAUAUAUUUUUAAUAUAUUAUGUUGACCGCA